CGCCGCCGUCGUCGUCGUCGCCGUGCGGAAAUUCGCCGCGCUAAAAUCAAAAUUCACUCAAGUCCGCCGCGGUAGUUUGUCGCCGCACGCUAGCCGCUCAGGUUCGCACAUAUCCACGUCACAGCGACGCAGCGUCACAAUAUCACAAUAUCCUUCGACGAGCGCGAGAGAGAGGUCGCACCGCACGUCCUGUCGCAACUCGAGUGUCCUGCCACCGCCGAAACUCGCCCGCCACAGCGGUAAAUAAUCGCAUCGCGAAAACAGUGUUAGAUGGUGUCACUAAACUAUCCAUGUGAACUUAAUGCAUUGUGAACUAUAAAAUCGCUGGACGAGUUCAAGCAAAAAACAAGCUCAAAUAGCUGUGCUAUUGAGGCCAACUGAGCCGCUUCCGAGUUUCUCCCGCCUUCGCUGGAAGAAGGCCCCCGAUCACUUUUCGCCCCGGAAGUUUACUAAAAGGCGCCAAGCUGUUCGACAACGGCCUCAAGUUGGAUAUUUCCAGCUACCCCCACAUGAACAUCCGCAUGGGCACCAAGGGCAAGCGGCCCCUGCGGAGCCUGACGCCCCGCGACAAGAUCCAUGCCAUCCAGAGGAUCCACGAUGGCGAGUCCAAGGCCUCGGUGGCCCGGGACAUCGGUGUGCCCGAGUCGACGCUGCGUGGCUGGUGCAAGAACGAGGACAAGCUGCGCUUCAUGUCCAGGCAAUCGAACACGGACAACCUGUGCGCCGACUCCCUGGGCGACAAGAUGGAUGGCGGCGCAGGAGGAGGCGGCGGACUCCUGGGUCCGCCGGAGAAGCGCCAGCGACUGGAGGCCGCCCUGCCCCUGAACUUCUCCAACAAACUGAAGUUCGAUGAGCUGGCCUUUAAGCGAUCUCCGCUCAAUGGCCUGGACUACAGUACAAACAAGAACCUGGCUGAUCUCGGCUACAAUGGCCUGCCCGUCGACUAUGCGGCCUUCAAUGGCGGGGUCAAGGCCAAGGUCUUUGGUGCCGACAUCAACCGACCCGCCGCCGCCGAUCCCUCCCUGAACGCCAUCAGUCCGCUCUCCAGCUUGACGCACCUCUCGGGUCUCACGGGCAUAUCGCAAUCCCCGCUGGCGAUCAGCUUCAACGAGCUGACCACAAACCUCAACCUGCUGGCCCAGCUGAAUCCCGGCCUGGCUGCCAUGUCGGGUCUGCAGAGCUUCCCAGCGGGCGCUGGUAACCUGAGGAACCAGAAGCCCAGCGGCCAGACGCCCCUCCAGGUGCAGAGCCCCAGGAGCGACAGUGGAGAUCGUGGGGCGGCGGCGGCGGCGGCGGCGCAGGGUUUGUCGGUGAAGAACUGGGCCAAACAGAAGCAGCCGGCCGACAGCCAGGGCAGCCUGAAUCUGAGCAUCAAGAACGAGGGGAAGGCGGGCGGUGACAUCAAGAGUCCGAGUCCCUCGCUGGCUCCCUCGCAAAUGGCCGGUGGCCCCAUGACGCUCUCCAAUCUGGCCGAAGAUCCCUUGCUCUACUGGCUGAAGUCCCAGCAGACCAUGUUGGGCCUGAAUCCCCUCUAUCCGCCCACCAUUCCCAUGGGCGUGACCAGUCCCCCCAUACGCUCCUCCACGCCACAGCACAUGAGCCAGCUGGCCCAGACUCCGCCGAUACCCUCGGCACCGCUGACACCGUCGUCCACACCCUCGGGCAGCCUGGACGAGAAGAAUGCGGCGUGGUACAACUGGUGCAAGGCCUUCGGGGCCAGUCUGCACACCCUGAAUCCCAAUGCCGCCACCCUGGCCGCCCUGCAAGCCAACCAGAUGCAGCAGCAGGUGGCCACCUCGACUGCCGAGGGCGGAGGAUCGAUGAGUGAUCCCUCGAACAUCCUGUACUCGCAUCUCACCAAGGAGACGGAGACGCCCUCGGUGCGGAGUCUGUCCUCCAACGAGCAGAAUGCCGAAGCGGAUGGUGAGGCCACCGAACCGGAUCUGGAUGGGGAGGUGGAGGCGGGAGUAGAAGCCUCUGGCAAGCCAGAGGAUCUCUCGGCUGCCGGCAAGGUGAUGACCCCCUCCCAGAGUCCCAUUGCCCAUUCCCCACCCGGCAGCAGAAGUCCCGAACCGCUGGCGAAGACCAAAAACCCAGAGACCCCGAAUCCCACAAGCGACUGCAAAAAGAUCCUCGACAAUAUGCUCUUCAAGAUGGGCGGCCUGGAGGCCAGCACCCCACCAGAGCAGGGAUCCGAGUCCGAGGGCAGCUUCCAGGACACCAGCAAUCCGCAUACGAACAAUAACGAUGUCAGUGCCAGCAAUAAUAAUAACAAUAAUAACUCCAACAAAACGGACGAGGAGGAGAAGGCCAAGUAUCUGGACUGCUCGGGGGAUGAUGAGGAUGUGGAGGCCAUCAGGCAUGGCGAGAAGUUCCUGCAGUGGCUGGAGAACUGCAGCAAUCCCCGGGUGACGGCGGUGCAGCUGAUGCAGCUUCGAUUCCUGAUAGCCGCCAUCAAGUCGGGCAAUGAGACGCAGCUGGUGGAGAAGCCCUGCUUGCAGGAGGAUGCGGAGGAGAACGCCGAGGAGGAGGGCAGCAGCCGGGGCAAGAGUCGCCGGCGCAAAUAGGAAAAGCCAAAGUUGGCGCCCACGGAGCCAGCCACGGAUAUAGCGGAUAACCCAAGCAAUGCCCAGGGAUCAGGUGCCCCGGAUGCCACCGAGGUGGCUUCGGCGCGGUGCCACCUGUAUCCACCGGCCGUCUACCGAUCCUCGGCCACCCUACUCAGCUCACUGUUCUUCCCCCCCUACGAAUUUGUACAUUGUGACCUCGACGAUGACCCGGACGACUGCCAGAUCACGGGCGAGUACCAGUACGACGAACUGAGCUCCAGCAGUUAGACCCGCGAAGACCAGACCAGACCAGAGCAGACCAGACUAGACUACUUAGAGGACUGGACUCCACUGAAUUUAUCUCCUAGCUGUGAACAACCUAUCGAGCAUACUUUCAGUCUCUCUCUUUCAAUUCCAUUGUAUUAAUUAAUUCAUGAAUUAAUCGUACGGUUAAUGUGUAUAUAUCGAGAAUCUCUAUUUGUAGCUAUUAUGCAUUUCUUUUCGCCGCAAAAACAAACGAAAAUGAAAAGGAAAACAAGCGACUGUGUUUUGUGUUUUAACCCCAUUGCAUUCUAGACAAAAUGUUAUAGCCUUUAUUUUUUGUUACGAAACAACCUUUUCGAACUGCAAGGUGUGUUGGCGCGAAUGACAUGCAUUUGAUAUCAAACGUUUUUAAAUUUCGUAUAUUAAUAACUAUGAAAAUGUGCUCAAGAGAAUUUUCUUAAUUCGAAAUUAAUGCGAUAUUUAAAUAAAACAUUUACAAAUUUAAAUGUAAUUUUAAAUACAUGUUCAAUAAAAAUAAUUAGAUAAUUUUUAUGAAACUCUUAGAA